AUGCAGAAUGUGACGUCUCUGCGGGACACAGUGCGGUCCUACCUGGUCCCGCUGGAUGCAGGGCAGAGAGGUCCUGCGGUGGGACUUGUUGUGGUGGUGACUGUGGGCCAUGUCUGUACAGAUCACAGAGCUGGACCUUCUGCGCCUUUUAAACACAGACACGUCUCUUGUGGGGGUGCAGCCCUCCUCACGCAGUGUCCCGGGCUCAGGCAGCAGCCUAUCCGCAUACCUCGCCAGCAGGAUCCCCAACACUCCCAGCAGGUACGCCACGUACGGUCUCCACGAGGCGCGCACUUUGUGCAGAGAAAACACAGAGAAAGUCCUGAGAACACUGAGGAUCAAGAAGAGGGAGAUGCCCUGGUUCAGGCGAGCGACCAUGAGUGCGCCAGCGGCCACGCACACGAGCAGGAGCACGGCCGCGCAGGGAGCACUGAGCGCUGCAUGUGUCCCAUCCAGAAGAGAGCUCAGCACCGCCUCCGCCAGGUGCCACAGCGACAGCAACGAGAGAGCAGUGUGCAGCUGGACCUCUCCACGGAACAGGAAGACCCCCAGCCAGAAGAAGGCACACAGGAGGCUGAAGAGCGGCGAGAGCGCGCUCCAGCAACUUUGGAGCAGCUCCGCCACGCAGCUCCAGAGCAAGUGAAGGGCAGAGAGAGAGCGUGUGCUGUGCUCAGCCUCAGCCCCCCACUCUGCACAUCUGAGCAGGAGCGCGACGCACGCACACAAACACCCGACGCACACUGCCACUUUGUGGGAACUCCAGAGUCGGGACAGGGGCAGCCUGGGACAGCGCUCCUGCGGCUCAGUGGCCAGCGGGGCAGCACGUGCUUUCACAGUCGGGUCUCCUUUACGCAGGGCCACGCGUCCCGCUCUGGAACUCUUUUGUUGUCCCAGGUGCAGCUUGACGGAAGCAACAUGAAGGAAACGAUAACAGUGCCUGGACAUCAGCGCCUGGUCCGCUCCUCCUGCUUCAUGCGCCCAUUGUUCCCUUCUCUGGUCCUGGCUCACCUGUGCCUGCAUGUUGACAGGGCUCCUCCCGGCGCGUCUGUCGGCAGAGUUUAG